AUGCCACUCGAACGCUCAACAGACCCUUUGGUCUGGAUCGACUGUGAGAUGACAGGCCUGAACCCGGAAACCGACAAGAUCCUCCAGAUCUGCUGUUUCAUUACAGAUGCCCAAUUAAACCUCCUCGAACCGACUGGCUUUGAAACCGUCAUCCAUGUCCCAGACUCCACCCUCGACGCGAUGUCGCAGUGGUGCAUCGACACACACGGCCGCACGGGCCUCACCGCCGCCGUGCGCGCCUCGACCACCUCCCCCUCCACCGCCGCCGACUCUCUCCUCGCAUACAUCCGCCAGCACGUCCCGGUCCCGCGCACUGCCCUCCUCGCGGGAAAUAGUGUUCACGCGGAUAAGGCUUUCCUUGCUUGUGCGCCGUACUCACAGGUUCUAGAUCAUCUGCAUUAUCGCAUUCUGGAUGUUAGCUCGUUGAAGGAGGCGGCGCGGAGGUGGGGAAGUGAUCAGAUGCUUGAGCAGGUCCCCCCUAAGCGGGAGGUUCAUCUUGCCAGGGAUGAUAUUCUUGAAAGUAUUGAGGAGAUGCGAUUUUACAAGGAGAAGCUGUUUGGGUGA